AUCAAAUAUAUAUUAUCUCGGGAGCUAGCGGGAUUGGUGGACAGGGUUUAAUUACAGCAUAAAUAAAAGAGAAGAGAUCACCUUCCAAUUUAACCGAAAAAGUUGAGCAAAGCUACUAUUUCCCUACUUGCAUUUUUACUUUUACCUUCUGUACCUCGAGCGCCAGUCCCCAAACCACUUCGCGCCGCAAAUCCGGCAUCUCUCUCGUCAUUUUGCUUAUACGCGAGCUCUGACGUGCUGCAGAAGAACCUUCUUGCCCAGUUACUUUGUUUUUUUUUUGCUCAAACAACUACCGGGUACGGUUGCCGCUGCCAGGAUUGUGCGGGUUGCUGGCCUGGGAGAGUAAAGACUGGUCUGGGUCCGUAACCAGCAAGAUCAAAGAGCCUCGAAAGCCUUUCUCGUUGUCUUACCUGCGAGUUGCGGCCUAGUUAGCCAGACACAAUGGAAGGCGGGCAGGUUGACUCUGCAAUGCAAGACGCUACGGACGGAGCGGCCCCGAGCAACGCAAAAGAGCAAGUGUCUCCUGUUCUCCAACAGCAGGCGGAAGGGUCGGCUGCGCCAAGCCCGAUCGCAUUGGACCCUCCACAACCCGCAGCAUCGCCUACAACUGCAGUUACCACAAUCAUUCCAACAGUGAAGAGUGGCCAGAUCCCAGAGACCGCGGCACGGGCAGGAAAUCUGGCGCCGUCUCAACGCCCGACAAUAGCAGAAACGGCAGACCAGCCCGGCGCAAGCUCGGCGGUCGACCAGAGCCAGGCUGAUAACAAUGAAGAGCCGCGGCGGGAGGAGCCAAUUAAUACAACCCAACCGAAGCCCCAGAAUCAGCCGGAAAGUUUUACUCCAAUCACAACUGGAACUUGUAACCUUGAAACAAACAAAACUGCAGCGGCCGAGUCUCCCAACCCUCUGCAACCGCAGCCCAUACAACCAGCGCAACAACCCCUUCCGCCAGCGCCCCGGCCGCCGCCGCCGCCGCAGCCCCAGCAGCAGCAGCAGCAGCAGCAGCAGCAGACGGCACCGCAACCACACCCACACCCGCCGCAACAUCUCCAGGCACCGCAUCUACUGGACCCGCCGCCGCCAACCCAUCCGCACGCGGUUCCGGGGCCGCAGCCGCAGCCGCAACAUUCCCGUCCCUAUCCGGGCCCGCCUCAUACGCAGGCGCCGCAGUCUCAACAGCCGGCCCCACAUUAUCAAGCGCGCGCGCAAAUUCCACCGCCAUCGCAUCAACAUCAACAACCGCCUCUACAACCGUAUCAUCAUCACCAUAGUCUGCCGCAACCACAGCAGGCGGCGCCCGCAUCGGUGACAUCGCCGCCGCCUCCGCACCAGACGCAGGUUUCCACGUACCAUUCUCAUCCUCAACCGCAGCCAGUGCUCAGGUCGCAAGCGCUUCAUCGCACAACACUCUUGAAGCCGGCCAUAAUGGACCCACCCGCCAUGAGAAAGCAAAGUCAAUCGCAGGUCGCUGUGAUGGGCUUCCCGUCCCCCACACAGGACCAUGCAAACAUCAACCCCAAGUUCGUGGACGACUGCACACGCAUGAAUUUUGCCAUCCAGCAGAGCCUACCCGAGGCUGUCCGGCGCAUUGUGCGGGAUCACUGGGAAAAAUGCCUGCUGGGUUCCGACUUCCACCAAGCUUUUGUUGUAAGUCUGGUUCCGUUGUUUAUGAAUUCAAUUACCCUUCUUUUUCUUUUCGUAUUGUCUCUUCCUUCCUCUUGAACUUCGAAAGUCGGCCGGCAGGAUUUAUACGGCAUCUCUUCACAAAAAUAUUCUGCAAGCUGCACAUCAUUCCAUCACUAGCAACCCAUUUCGUUGCACAUGCACCGCAAACAGAGCCCCUCGACUGAUCCAACUCCGCCUGCCACUUACAUCCACUGCAUCUGAACAAGUUGUCUGUUGUCAACUCUUGUCAACUCCCCACCUGAAAUCUUCAGACCUCGGAAUGUCAUUGUAUUUCGAUGGCUCCAUUAACUCAGUCCCAGCUCAAUGCGUCGAUCCAUCACGCGCUUCCGUCCAUGACACAACGCGCCGUCAGGGACUUUGGCAGUAAAAUGGUUGUCGAUGCGAAACAUGAGCUCGUGGCGCAUUUCACGACCGAAGCGCUCGACGAAGUCGCAGAUGUAGUCAUUGGCAAAGCCAGCGACAGCUUCCUUGACAAGUGUCUA